AUGAUCGCCUCCUUCCUCGUCCUCUUCGUCUUCAACCUCGUCCUCUGGCUCGUCCUCCGGCCCAACCUCCCCGAGAUCGCCGUUUCCUGGGCCGCCGUCUCCGGCUUCAACCUCACCGCCGCAGCCCAGCGGCUGUCCGCCGAUUUCAACCUCUCCCUCACCUUUCACAACCCCAACGACAAGUUGGGCAUCGACUACGACGAGAUCGGCGUGACCGUCCUCUACGACUCCGAAAUCAUCUCCUAUGCCCCGAUCCCGCCCUUCUAUCAGGAGAAUGGGAGCACCACCGCGGCCGGUGCCCGCCUGGUAUCGGCGAGCGAACACCUAAGCUCGGACGCCGCGAAGGCGAUGGACUGGGAUCGGAGCCAUGGCGACGGGGCCCUGAACUUCGUUUUCAGGGUGUUCGCAUGGGUGAAGUUUGGGUCGGGCGCGUGGUGGACGAGGAGGGACGCCGUGAUGGCGCACUGCAAGGAUGUCCGCAUCGGGUUCGGUAACGGGACGGUGGCAGCGGCCGGCGAUCUGGUUGGCCCUUCGCCCAAGAAUUGCUUGGUUUUAAUGUAA